AAAACAAGUUUUUAAUUUUUUAAAAAAUGUCCUAUAAUAUUUUGUUCUAGUUUGCAUUUUUCACUUAUAUUAUUUAAUUUUUACUUUUGUAUUUGUUUAUAUCCGAUUAUACUUAUAUUUAACUUGUGUGUUUUAUAUUUCUUGAAGGAAUAAACGGAAAAGUAUAUGACGUUUAACAAUUUUCUUUAUUAGGUAUUCAAAGUAUUCAGUGUAUAUUAAUAAGGUACUUUUAACUUAUAAUACUACUUUUGCCAUUUUAUUACUAACUGUUUGAUAUAAAAUAAAAUACACAUACACCAUUUUUGUAUUCUUUGAAACUUGAAAAUUAUAACCAUGGCAUUAAGUGAAUUUACAAUAGCUGUGGUUUGUUCAAGCAACAUGAAUCGAAGUAUGGAAGCUCAUGCCUUUUUAAGUAAAAAAGGUUUUAAUGUUCGAUCAUUUGGAACAGGCGACAAGGUGAAAUUACCCGGAACAGCUCCAGACAAGCCAAAUAUUUAUGAUUUUGGAUGUACUUAUGAUGAAAUUUAUAGAGAUCUUUACAAUAAAGAUAAAACAUUUUAUACGCAAAAUGGUUUGUUAAAUAUGUUGGAUAGAAAUCGCCGGAUAAAGCAACAUCCAGAAAGAUUUCAACUAAGCAAUGAACAAUUUACUGUAGUCAUUACGUGUGAAGAGAGAGUAUAUGAUCAAGUACUUGAGUAUUUUGAAAGUAUUCAAAGUUUUGGCAAUAAGCCAGUUCAUAUAAUCAAUAUUAACAUUCAAGACAAUCAUGAAGAAGCAACAAUUGGAGCAUUUUUAAUUUGUGAAUUUGUUACUUUGUUGUCCAGAAGUGAAGAUCUCGACAAUGAUAUUGAUCAAUUAGUUGUUAAAUAUGAAGAAAAAUGUCAAAGACCACUACUCAACUGUGUACUUUUCUAUUAAAUAAAAAGUGAUAAAAUAAAAAUUGUGUAUAUUAUUAAUUAUACCUAAAUAAUGGCAUUAUUUGAAUCAAUAAUUUAUUAAAUUGUAUCGUGCAAAUAAAUUAUGUAUCAUAAAUUAUAA